AUUUGUUAAUGUAACUGAUUAUCUUUCGCUUGUGAACUUCGUCGCGAGUGGACGUGUUGCACAUUUAUUUAAUAUUUUAAUCCUUAACUGUUGGCUUUUUUGUGAACGUAUUUGCUCGAAAACUCGGUGCCUCUCUUACUAUCUUGUUGAGGUGCCCAUAUGCUGCCGACGCCAUCUUUGGAUUUGUAUUGCGCCAUCCCGCUCAUGUGACGGUGAGAUAUUGAACUUUUUCAAAUUAGAAACAUCCGAAAAAUUUCGUUUGCCCUGGGGCUCGAACCUGCGCCACGUCGUGUGUCGCGGUAUUGGUGCUGGAGCGUCGCGCCACUAGACCAACUGUCAGUGAGAUGCUCGGUGCAAAAUUGGUGACCGCUAUCUACAACGGAUACGUGACACACGCAUAAGCUCAGUUUUUUAACUGCUUUGUUCGUUUUUCUUUCUACAUAUAUUAUUCUAGCACUGAAUUAUAAUGCUCCGAUCACCCGAUAAGAGUCAGUCUAAUCCAGAUAUUGCUGGCUCGAUUGAGAUUGUGGGAAACGUCACUCAGAGAAAACGUAAGCAACCCGAGUCAGAGUUUGCCGAGGCCAUUAGGACAUUGUCACAAGAAAUUAACAAGAAGUUAGAUGACUGGCGUGGUGAGCUGGAAUGCGCAAUAUCUAAAAUAACUGACAGUGUAACAAUUAUUAAAGCUGAUCUAGCCACCGUAACCCAAGUUACUUCCGAUAUCAAGACCGACUUAGACAGUUUGCGUUGCGAAUACACUGGCCUAGAUAAUAAGGUGUGUAGCCUUGACGCUAAACACAAUGGGCUGGUAAAGGACGUGGAAACUCUGGGGAAUUCCGUCCAGUACACCAUGGACGAACAGGACGACCUUAAGAAAAAGAUGGAACUCAUUCGGUCUGUAAAUACAGAAACUAUUACUGAUAUGAUUGGUGGCCUCGAAGCGAAGAUCGAUUCUCUUGAACAACAAGCCCGCCAAUGUAACCUGGAGAUAUGCAAUGUUCCGGAACUGCGUAAUGAAAAUUUGAUUACUCUUAUGGAAAACAUUUGCACAAAAAUACAGUUUAAAUUAUGUGCUAAGGAUAUCCUUGCUAUACAUAGAGUGCCACACGCGCACACAGAAAAUAAAAAGCCGAAAAAUAUCAUCGUAAAGCUGAGCUCACGCAUCCUAAGGGAUAAUUUAUUAAGCGCUUACCGAUUAGGAAAAGGACUAGAUACUAACCAACUGCAACUUACUGGAUCUCCUAAUCCCAUUUAUUUGCAUGAACACUUAACGCUCAAAAAGAAGCUAUUAUUUCGACAAUGUAAGGAUGCCGCCGUCAAGAACAACUUCAAAUAUGUGUGGGUUAAGCAUGCUACUAUUCUCGUGCGCGAAAUUGACUCUGAACCAGCAAUUGCCAUACGAUCCGAGAAAGAUAUUUCUAAAAUCAAGCCCAAAAUGGCAAAAUUCAAACCCGGUACCGAUCAUGUUUAGAAGUGAUUUUUAUAUAUGCUUUAGCUGUUUAGUAUUUAACAACAUUAUAGAAUCUGAGUGUUAUUUUUUUGUUUAUUAUCUUUGCUCUGUUAAACAGCUAUUCAGGCUAAUAUUUUGUUUCCAUAUUUUAUUUUUACAUAGUACAUUUUUAAAACAAUGGCAUAGUAGCUUUUUUAUAAUCAUGUUAUACUUGUUGUCACCACUUUUCAUAAAAAUAGUAAUCUUAAUCUUACAUAUUAUACAUAGACUGGACUUCUGUCUCAUAUUGGUUGCAUGCACUACUAAUUUAUACUUAGUAUUGCUUCACUUUCACUGUGUUGGAUAAGUUAACAGUAUACUACCAAAAUUGUAGGGGUACUCGUUCAAAACUGAAUCUCUUGUACAUGAACAUAUUGUCAAAUUGCUAUGACAUAAUUAUCUUAACAGAGACCUGGCUAACCCCCGAAAUAUUUGACGAUGAGAUUGUUGAUGUGCGUUACGUAAUUUACAGAAAUGAUCGCAAUCGCAUUGCUACCAAUAAGAAGGAUGGGGGAGGUGUUCUUAUAGCUGUAUUAAAGACAUUACAUUCCACCUGUGUACCAUUCGAUUCCCAGGCUAGUUCCCAUAUUGAAGAUGUUUUUAUACAACUACCUUUUGCUGGACGCGAAAAAUUUCUAAUAAGCGCUGUAUAUAUUCCACCCAACACGGCUAAAGAAGUCUAUGUUGAUUAUUUUGAAACAUUAGAAAAUCUGAUAGACAAAUUUGGCUUUAAUCAUUUUCAUAUUUUCGGAGAUUUCAAUCUACCGCACAUUGAAUGGCUCCCUGCUACAAACAAUAACACGACUGCACAUAUUAGUACUGGUUCAUCACCUGUUUGUAGACAUUUGAGUAAUUUCUUAUCUUUGCUUAGCGCUUAUCAAUACAAUAGUUUCAAUAAUUAUAAGGGACGUAUUUUGGAUCUACUAAUAUCCAAUAGCGAGUGUGCGACUUAUGCACCUUCAUGUAAUUUGUUACCUCCCGAUAAAAAUCAUCCACCCUUUUGCGCCGAUAUAAGAUAUAAAACGACGAUACAGACAAUCAAUCCUGUAAAAAUUGUAAAGUACAACUACUACAAAGCUAAUUACGAACUCAUAAACAAAGAUUUGGCAGAUAUAGAUUGGACUAAUCGUUUGCAGGGGUUGUCAUCAGAGGACAGUCUAAAUACUUUUUACGAUGUUAUUUUCAAUGUUAUAAGAACUUAUACUCCCCUUUCUAACACACGUUCAUCUAAAUUCCCUGUGUGGUUCUCUAAAUCACUAAUUCGCAUUUUCAAAAACAAGAACAGAGCCUGGGUGAAAUGGAAAACGUAUAAUAACAUUUCGGAUUAUGAACAAUUUUCGCUUCUACGGAAUAGAUUUCGGGUCUUAUGCAAAUCAAACUACGCUGACUAUCUGAAUUCUGUUGAGGACAAUGUUAAAAAGAAUGUAAAAUAUCUAUGGAGCUAUGUCAAUAAUCGUAAGGGUAAUGUCGGCAUUCCUUCCACCAUGUCUUUUAAAAACCGGACAUCCAGUGAUCCGGAUGAGAUUUGCAAUAUGUUCAUGGACUACUUUCAAUCGGUUUAUGAACCCUCAAAUCUAAAUUUGAACGAAUGGCUGCCCCCUGAGGAGAGUAGUGACAAAUGUACUCUUAUUACUAGCAUUACGUUUGGCGAACAUCAGGUCUUGAAGUCAUUACAAGCUUUAGAUACUACCAAAGGUCCUGGACCUGAUCAACUGCCCCCUUAUUUCCUUAAAAAGACUGCUAAGAGUAUAUACAAGCCCCUUCAAAUUAUAUUUAAUAAGUCUAUAUCAGAGGGCACCUUCCCUGAACAAUUUAAAAAGGCUAAUAUAACUCCUGUAUAUAAAUCAGGGUCUAAACAAGAGGUCGAAAAUUAUCGCCCCAUAUCUAUUUUGUCUGCUUUGUCGAAGCUUUUUGAAAGGCUAGUUUAUCAGGAAAUUCACAAGAUAAUUUACAGAAUUAUAAUAGAACAACAACACGGAUUUGUCAAAAGUAAAUCUACAACUACUAAUCUAUUAAUAUUUACCGAUUUUCUUCUUAACAAUAUGGAUCAACAAGUACAAGUAGACGCAGUGUACACAGACUUUCAAAAAGCGUUCGACAAAGUAGACCAUAAUUUGCUUCUUACCAAAAUUGCAUUUAACGGCAUACGAGGAGAUUUGCUUCGCUGGUUUGCAUCAUAUGUUAGUAAUAGAUCACAAAGGGUUGUUAUCAAAGGAUUUCACUCGGCGACUACUGUCGUAACAUCUGGCGUACCGCAGGACUCAAUUUUAGGGCCUCUUUUAUUCAUUUUGUUCAUAAAUGAUAUUGGAAAUUGUUUUAGAUACUCAAAAUUUUUGCUUUAUGCUGACGACCUAAAAAUCUUUAAAGCUAUAAGAAAACCUGCAGAUUGUUGUCAGUUACAAGAAGAUUUAAAUCGUUUCUCUGAAUACUGCAUUCAAAACAAACUUUACCUUAGCAUUUCUAAAUGCUUAACGAUAUCAUUCACAAAAAAUAAAAACGUUAUAAACCAUAAUUAUAAUCUUAACAAUGUAACUCUGUUAAAAGCCCCAUUCGUGCGAGACCUAGGGGUACUGCUUGAUAACAAACUUCACCUUGAUCAACAUAUUGAUAAUAUCACUAAAAAGGCUUAUCGUAUGUAUGGGUUCAUUAUGAGAUCAGCUACUGAAUUCAAACACGCAAGCACUUAUUCUCAUCUCUACAAAGCAUUAGUUAGAUCUCAACUCGAAUAUGCUGUGGUAGUAUGGAACCCUUUUUAUAAUAAGUAUGUUGAGAUGCUUGAAAGAGUGCAGCGCAAAUUCCUCAGAUCGAUGCACUAUAGGUGCUCCCGCAAUUUCCCAACCUAUAAAAACCUACUUAACACAUACAAUCUGAUGAGCCUGAAGUCUAGGCGUUUAUAUCUAGAGAUUAUGUUUCUUUUUGACGUAUGCCAUAACAGGUAUAACUGUUCUGAGAUCACUAAUAAAAUAUGCUACUAUGUCCCAAGUACAGUGUCUCAUUGCCGCACCAAUGCUGGUUUUCGGGCGCCUCUACGUCGCCUGUGCAAAAACUAUAAUUAUUCUUAUUACUUCUUAAUUCUAUACUUUAUUAAAGAUUUAUUCUCAGUGUCAGCAAAUAGAUUUCGUUCUGCAUUGUUAAAGAAACUUAAGGAUUCCGAUGUAUAGUUAUUUAUAUAGUCUUGUAAUCUUACUCGCAUAGAUUGUUCAUUAAAGUAAAUUUAUAUGAAUUGUAUAUGCUGUGGAUAACGGUGUGAGUUUCACAUUUAUAUAAUAUCUUGUUUAUAUUAUUUGCGCAAAAAUAAUGUGUUACUGUUUGUU